AGAUAGCAAACUUAUUGAAAAAUCUGAUCGAAAUUCCCAAUUGUUUAACCUACAUGAUCUCCGAUCAUGGGCGUGCACACCGUAGACGGUAAAACUAUACCAAAUUAUAUGAAAUAUGUGCUCGGAGGCACCGCUGGCAUGAUGGCCUCGGUUAUAGUCCAGCCGCUGGAUCUGGUUAAGACGCGAAUGCAAGUGGCCGGCGCAUCGGGAAAGAAGGAGUACAAAAGCUCCUUCGACUGCAUUGCCAAGGUGUUCCAGUCCGAGGGCUUUCUGGCAUUCUACAAUGGCAUCAGCGCCGGACUGUUGCGGCAGGCGACGUACACGACGACCCGCAUGGGUGUCUAUCAAAUGGAGGUGGAGUACUAUCAGAAUACGUACCAAAAGCCGCCCAAUGUGCUCUCCAGCAUGGCCAUGGGCGUCGUUGCGGGCGCUUGCGGCGCUGUUGUCGGCAAUCCGGCCGAGGUCUCGCUCAUCCGCAUGAUGGCCGACAAUCGACUGCCCGAGGAUCAGCGGCGUAAAUACAAGAAUGUCGGCGAUGCAGUUCUGCGGAUAAUACGCGAGGAGGGCGUCUUCGCCCUGUGGCGUGGCUGUGCACCGACAGUGGCGCGAGCGAUGAUCGUGAAUAUGGUGCAGCUGGCAUCGUAUUCACAGUUCAAGCUCCUCUUCAAGAGCUACUUGAAUGAGGGCCUUGGCCUGCACAUUGCGUCCAGCAUGUGCUCCGGCCUGUUGACCACCAUUGCCUCGAUGCCCAUGGACAUGGCCAAGACGCGCAUACAGAACAUGAAGAUCAAGGAUGGCAAACGCGAGUACAAGGGCACCCUGGACGUCAUCAUGAGUGUGAUACGCAACGAGGGCGUAUUCUCGCUGUGGAAGGGCUUCACGCCCUACCUCUGCCGUCUGGGCCCGCACACGGUGUUUGCCUUCGUCUUCCUCGAGCAGCUGAACGCGGCAUACUUCAAAUACGUUUUGGGUGUUGAAAGCAAGCAACCGGGUCUGUGAUUAAAUUAAAUUUGACUGUACAUCUCAAUAGCCU